AUGUCGUGGAUUGCUGCAUUUGCUGCCGUCGGGACUGGCGUUAUCGCCGCGUGCGCUGUCUCUUCCGAGUUUCGAGCAUGGCGUGCAGAAAUGGAGAAGAAGAAGGAAAAGGAGAAGAAUAAGGAGCUGGAGGAACGGGAGGAGAAGAUUGUAGGCUGGGAGCAGGAGCUUGCGAGCCAGUGGUCCGACGUCUACAUCGAAAGAAGGGAGCUAACGGGCCGCGAGAGAGUGCUCCUGCAGCGGGAGAUAGCAGUCUCCCAGCGGAAUGAGGCGAGCAUACGCCUAAGUGCCGAAAGCCGCCGGGUGUGCGAGGAGGCCACCCGCGCAAUGAAAACCAUCAGCGAGUGGGAGGAAGCCCUUGAAGAAAGGGAUACAUUGCUCCGGCUAGAGCAGAGGCGGCAGACGUCCAUCCGCAGGGACGUCCAGCAGAACCGUGGAUAG